AUGUCCUCAAAGACAGCAGACGCAGACGCAGAACGGGCGACCGCAUACCCCCCCGCCACAGCCAUCCAGGAAUCGCCCAAGCGACGCUGGGUCAGUUACAUCUGGGAUACAUUCGACAAGGCGCCCGAGGAGCGACGGCUCCUCACGAAGCUCGACGCGGCGAUUCUGUCGUUUGCGUCGUUGGGCUACUUCAUCAAAUACCUCGACCAAAUCAACAUCAACAACGCCUUCGUCUCCGGCAUGAAAGAGGACCUGGGCAUGUACCAGAACCAGCUGAAUUACAUGCAGGCCGCGUGGACGGUGGGAUACGUGAUCGGCGAGAUCCCGAGUAAUGUCAUGCUGACGAAGAUCCGGCCAAGGUAUUGGUUGCCUGCGAUGGAGCUUCUGUGGACGGUCCUCACGAUGUGUCUAUCGCGGUGUGAUAGGCCGACGCAGUUUUAUGUGCUCAGGUUCUUUAUUGGUCUUGCGGAGAGUACGUUCUACCCCGGCAUGCAGUAUAUCAUUGGCUCGUGGUACCGGAAGGACGAGCUUGCGAAGCGGUCGUGCAUCUUCCAUACGAGCAGUGGUAUUGCUAGUAUGUUUUCGGGAUAUUUGAUGGCGGGAGUGUAUAAUCUUGGUGGGAGGGGUGGGUUUAAGGGGUGGCAGUGGCUGUUCAUCAUCGACGGCGUCAUUUCCCUACCCAUCGCGUUGCUGGGUUUCAUUGUCCUCCCUGAUGUCCCUGAGAUCUCGAACCCAUGGUACUUAACUGAAGAUGAAGUAAAACUCUCCCAAAAACGCAUGCAACUCGAAGGCCGCCAACCCCGAGGCCCCUACACAAAAGCCAAGCUGAAGAAGAUCUUCACCUCCUGGCACAUCUACAUCCUGACAGCAGCGUACAUAACAUUCAACAACGCCUCCGGCGGCCAGCCCGUCUUCCAGCAGUACCUCAAAGCCUCCACGAACCCCGUCUACACCAUCGGGCAGAUCAACUCAUAUCCCACAACAACAUACGCAGUCCAGGUCUUCACAACCCUCGUAUACGCCUGGACAUCCGACUCGAUCCUCCGCGGCGCGCGCUGGCCACCGAUCAUCUUCGGCGCGGUCUCGAAUAUCGUCUGCUAUGCUUCCCUUGCUGUCUGGAAUAUCCCCGAGGGAUGGAGGUGGUUCUGCUUUAUUAUGUCGGGGGCGGGGUAUGGGCUUAGUGGGUUGUUGUUUGCCUGGGCACAUGAGAUCUGCAGCGAGGACAACGAGGAGCGCGCGCUCGUCGUCGGGUCCAUGAACGAGCUCGCGUAUGUGUUUCAGGCGUGGCUGCCGCAGGUGGUCUGGCAGCAGGUUGAUGCGCCGCGGUACCGCAAGGGUUUCAUUACGGGGACGGUGAUGAGCGUGCUGCUUAUUUUGUUUACGGCCGCUACGUGGGUGCUGGAGCGGUGGGAAACUGGCAAGAAGAGGGCGGGUUUGGUUGGGUCUGAGGGGACUGGGAGUCUGUCGAGUGCAUAUGGGGAGCUUGGGGAGGAGAAUGUUGUUGUUGAUGCUCAGGGGAAGUGA